AUGGACUCCUUCGCCAUCACAGAGGGUCUUGCAGCCCAGGACCAAACCCAGCCGGAACCAGUCAACAGCAAACUGUCCGAGGAGACAAACAAGUUCCAACGCGCUAUUGCAGCAUGGCGAGGAAUUGACUUGGCCAGUACGAUUGCGAAACUUGAUUCCACCGCCUCAGAUAUCGUCGAGCACCAGCGAGAUGCUCUCGUACAGAGAAAGGACCUGGCUCAGAAGACCAAGGACUUUAAGAAACUGGACGAUGAAGCCAAAAUCGCAGAGCACAAAGCACUAUUGAAAGCCUAUCAAUCAUUUAUCGAUCUCCUGACCAACCAGGGCAAAACGUCUUCCUCCUCGUUCCUCCAACUAUACUCAUCCUUAUCGGAGGCCCCGGAUCCGUACCCACUCCUCGAAGCCUCCGUUGAUUCCCUGGUCUUGUCGGAAGACACCGUGCCCAAGCUGACCUCGGAGCGCGAUCAAUUGCAAUCUUCGGUUGAACGUCUCACGAGGCAGCAGGAGGAGACCGAGAAACGUCUCCAGGAAGAGCGAACCGCCAGAAAGAAGCUCGAACAGAACCAAGAGGCAAGAGCUAAGGAGAUUGAAUCAUCCUGGGAAGCUGUCUUAGUAGAAAAGACAAACAAUUGGGCCGCAAAGGAGAAAAGCUUGGAAGAGAAGGUGGACAACCAAGAGCGAUUGAUCAAGGAGCUCAAAGCAAGCUACGAAGUUUCUCAACGUCUGGGUGGCAAUGAGGAAAGUGAGGAGGCUCGAAGCGGUGCUACUGCCGCGGAGCUAGAACUCGUUUCUUCUGAUCUGGAGAAAACAAGCUUGCGUCUAGCCGAUGUGGAGGCUCGGAAUGAGCAAUUGCGACUCGAGCUAGCCCAGUCUGUAUCACACUCGAAUGCCGGCCAAACGACUUUGCAAGACGAUCCCGAAUACCAGCGCCUGCAGUCAGAGAAUUCUUCUUUACUUCGCAAAUUGGAUGCUGCACGCUAUGAUAAGGAUUCGACACGGCACUCGUGGGAGGCCAAGGUUCUCCAAGCUGAGAGAAAUGCCACAAAGUCUACUACCGAGAGAGAUGAGCUGCGCUCACGCCUCGAGAGGGUUUCAGACUACGAUGAUAUUCGUCGCGAGCUGGAGAUGAUCAAAUCAAUAGAGUUUACGACCGGCGAGGAUGAGGAGACUGGUGACGUGCCGGUGGAGGGCGUUGAAAGCACCAACGGUAACGCAGCGAAAUCAAAAGAGAAGAAUUCGUUGGAGCAGCUCUUGCUUGCUCGUAACAAGAAGUUGACUGAUGACCUGGCUGUACUACGUGUGUCGAGUCGUGACUUGCAAGGCCAACUGGAGUCCCUCCGCGGCGAGCUUUCGACCACGAAAGCAGAAUUGGAGAAGUCCCGGGGUCUAUCUAGUACACUGGAGAACGAUCUUCUUCAGGUGCAGCAGGAGGCAGCCAACACCUUCCCUUCUGGCGCAAUGUCCGUUGCCGGUACCUAUGCUUCCAGAUACCCGCACUCCUCUAGACGUGGUGCUACUUCUCCCACUUCAUCUAUUAUAUCCGGGUUUGAUCAGAGCGCGGCGUCCGCGAACACCAUGGAUGCUAUUCGUGCAGGUGAGGCUGUGGGAGGUGGUUCGGGUCUUUUGCCCAUGAUUCAGGCGCAACGUGACCGAUUCAAGAAGAAGAAUUCUGAGCUUGAAGAAGAGCUGUCCAAGACAUAUUCCACUGUGAAAUCUCUUCGGCAGGAGAUUGCAUCACUUCAAAAGGACAAUCUCGGCCUUUACGAAAAGACUCGUUAUGUCUCGACAUACAGCCGCGGUCAGGGGGCAGCUACCUCUGCGUCAUCAUAUGCAAAUGCACCCAGUUCGACAUCCGUGUAUACCUCUUCCGACACACCGUCGGGACUAUCACUAGAUAGGUAUCAAUCUGCCUAUGAGGCACGGAUCUCCCCCUUCGCUGCAUUCCGCGGCCGCGAGUCAACGCGUGCAUACAAGCGUAUGAAUCUUCCCGAAAGAAUAGUGUUCUCACUCACCCGCAUAAUAUUGGCCAACCGAACCAGUCGAAAUUUGUUCGCGGGCUAUUGCUUUGCUCUUCACUUUCUGCUUUUCGUGGUGCUCUACAAAAUGAGCACUACCGAGAUUGAAAAGCAUAGCGCCAUGAGCACCCUCGGCGGUGCCGCAGCAGCAGCAUACAGCAACAGUGGGGGUGGAACCGGCUCUGGAAGCAGUGGUCAGCUGCAUGGUGACGAUUGGCAGCAAGAGGGUUUCACCUAA